CUGCAAGCCUUUCCCUCCCACGUCACACCCGUCAGCCGGAGCAACAGCAGUUCACAACGCACUGUCGCAGACUGACUGCUUGGGCUCACUCCAAUACAUAUUAGGCGCUUGUCGCCAUUCACAUUACAUCCCACAUCUUCAUUCCCCAUCAAACUCAGCUGAUCCUACCUCUGAUCUUCACUAUCCUUUCCACGCGUCCGUUCCCUAUCCCGCACCUCACCCUCUCACCCUCGUUCGGUUUCACGUACUAUAUAGCCUCGUGAGCGUCCCUCGACGAUGGCGAUUUCCAGCGCCAACGCGGCGUGCGCGUGCCUUCCCCCAGCCUGUCAGCUCUCCUGGGCCAUCCUCUCCGCCGUCCAGCGCUACUCCAACGUCCUUCCGCCUGCUCUUGCCACAGAAAAAACAGUCUCCAACAGCAUCACCCGCCGAAUGCGGCGCAAAAGCACGGUCCAUGUCUGCCGAGGCCAGCGUUACCCCCACGGUCGGACAGCACUCCCGCUUGUCACGAAAAUGCGGCUCAGUGGUUGAUUCUCGGCCUCAUGCUUCCCCCGGCUCCCUCAUCUACGGCUGGGAUUGCGCACGACUGGAGGCGGCCUCCCACCGUCGAUCCCAACGCCAAUCGCGGCGGUCACUGAAGGAAGCGUGUCUUCGGCAGUGCGCUCGUACGCCCGGGAUUCACCAAUGUCGAGCCAAAUUGAGCAAAUUGAGCGACUUUCCGGCGGGCUCUCUGGACUCACCGCGAGCAAUCCUCGCCAUCAGAGGCGGUUGUCGUCCCAGCGCCGUUUUUCCGGUCAACCUCCCCGAGCGCCGAAAGCGAACAUUGCGGAGCAAUUCACGAGCAUCAAGCCGCGCUCCAACAUGCGAGGUCGCUCUCACUCCAUGGCGGACCUGACCUCCGCGACGAUCCCGGAUAACGUGCGAGCGUCGCCUGCGUAUUCGCCGCUCUCGCAAUUUGGCAUUCCCAGCGUCGCUAGAUACGUUGAAGGGUCCGGUAACCAUGCGGAAAGGAGCUUCUAUGCGUCUCCAACGGCUGGCAUUGCGACAGCAGCUCGCAGCAGCAGCCAGACCGACCCAGCAAUGUCCAUUUCCCAGAGUGGAAGGAAGCCUCCCUCCCCGAAGCUGGCUGAACAAUUCAAGUCCUUCGGGUGUGGACAUGGGGGGAGCAGGCGGGCCACUUCCAUGGUAUGACCGCGCGCACUGCCUCAGUUUGUUACCCAAUACGGGAGAAUGAGGGUCUUUGAGUAUCGAGAUUGUCCUCUGUCCUAGCCUUCGAAUUCUUUUGUUUUGCUUUGCUGGCAUGCCUAUUUUUCCAUGCUUGGAGGAAUCCGUUUCUUCAGGCCUGUCGUAGUAUGGACAAUGCUGGUGCAGAAGUUGUGGAGUCUGUUGGUUGUAUUUUAUCUGUAAUAAAUGGACUGUUGUCUUGCAGUUGUGACUAUUACGAGCUGAAUU